UGGUCCAUGUUUCCCAUUCCCUUUUCAUUUUUUCUCGUAAUUUUUCAGACUCCAACGCUACUCGUCGAAAGCUAUCACACGCUUCAUCAUGCAACAAGAACCAAUCGCUGCCAUUUGAAAAUGGCUCACUGAAUGCCAGUUUUGAGCACAACCCACAUUCAGGAACUGAAAAAUGGCUGCCAUGGCAGCAAAUUUAGGCUUAGGAAGCCUGCUCCCUCUCUCUGUUCCUCGCUACUUUAACCCUAUGACCAGGGAAAUAUCGAUUGCGACCGGAAGGCGUAUAUGCCCUCGUCUCUUCACUGUUUUCAAGUGUCAAGUUGCUGGGAUAGAUAAGGAAGCUGCAGUAGACAAGGAAAGUCAAUCUGCAGAAUUUCCUCAGCCAUCAAAAAAUUGGAAGAUUAAGAUGCUUUACGAUGGGGAAUGCCCACUUUGCAUGCGUGAGGUCAACAUGCUCAAGGAGAGGAAUAAGCUGUAUGGAACAAUCAAGUUUGUUGAUAUAAGCUCCAAGGAGUACAGUGCAGAGGAGAAUGAAGGCCUUGAUUACAAAACUGCAAUGGGGAGAAUCCAUGCAAUCCUUGAUGAUGGAACUGUGCUCAGAGAUAUUGCUGCAUUUAGAGGGUUGUAUGAAGAAGUUGGUCUGGGGUGGGUGUAUGCCAUGACAAAAUAUGAGCCGGUUGCGACUAUUGCUGGUGCCAUAUAUGAUGUUUGGGCUAAAUACCGCUUGCAAGUUGCCGGGCGGCCUUCACUGGAAACAAUAUUGGAAGCGAGAAAGGAGAACAUGGUUCCUUGGGAGAGUCAUAUCUUGCGUUCAAGAUGACUGAUGUUUUUUGGCAUUGGCAGGUUAAAUUAUGCAAUGAAGACAAGAAUUGUGCAAGGUGAAUAUCUGCUUAUUUGCAGAUGCCUGUUCAUACGCACAUCUUAAGAGUGUUGAUUAUUGUAAAAUAGGCAUGUUGGUGCAUUACGUCAUAAGACCAUGUAAAGGAAGAAAUGUAUGAAUGUAGUGGAAAAAUGUUCUAGAUGCCAGGAUGCCUCAUCCAUUAGUUAUUAGUAGAGAAGUUAUUUAAAUGCAUUGUGGAUUCUAUGCUCGCAUUUAUAAUCCUCUUUGUAUAUUCAAGGUUUCCAAAUC